UUUGUGGAGAAGAACGCCUCCUUCUUCACGACUCUCCGCUCUAGCAAGCUUGGCACAACUGUCACAGAUGAGCACAUCCAGAACGUGUCUAGAUACCGGUUACAUCGAAAAAAUGGUGAUUCAUGGGCCAACCCCUGUUAAUUAAGGGGUGUCACUGUCGCUGCGGAAACGCCGGUGCACUUUUGCUUGGCCAACACGGAGUAAAAUUAUUUUUGGACAUCAGCAGUGCGUACUGCGCACAGGCAGCAGGCGGGGAACAUUUUACUACUUGCUUCCUAUGAUUGCAUAACACACUAUCCGUGAUCGAAGUGAAUUUCAAGGACUCUACUUUACAUGCAGCAGGCCGGAUGAACUUAGUUAUCACAUGGUUAUCAUGGGGAGAGCACUCGUUGCUGUUUCUGUGCUGUCAUACUGAAGUUUUUGUGUGUUCGCAACUUCGACUCUAAUAAAAACUUCCAACAAGAUGAAGUUGAAUGAGCGUAAUGUAGCUUACUUUGCCUCGUGCAACUCGCCCAUCGACAAGGAGGGGAUCUUGGCGAAGCGCGGUGAAAUAAACAGAGGGUAUCAGAGGAGAUGGUUCGUUCUGAAGGGAAAUCUUCUGUUCUACUUGGAAAAGAAGGGCGAUCGAGACCCUGUGGGAGUUAUAAUUCUAGAGGGAUGUCGUGUGGAACUGGCAGACAGUGAGGACAGCCAGUUUACAUUCCAGAUUUCGUUCCCCGGCGAUGGAGCGAGGACGUACAUUCUGUCGGCGUACAGCCAGGACGACAUGGAGUCUUGGAUGCGAGCGCUGUCGUGUUCUAGCUACGACUACAUGAAGGCGAUGGUUGACGAGCUUCAACGACAGCUUGAUGAACUUACCCAUGACUCACACGGAGAUGGACAAAUGCGUCCGGGGCGCUAUUCCUAUGUCACAACAGGUCAUUCGGAUGACCACUGCCUGGAAGACAUGGCUGAAUACCCCGUUAAGAUGGGCAUGUACGAUAAAGCGAAAACAGAGUCCCUAUCGCACCACGGAGCACCACGACAAGAUGCCUUCCAGCGCAACUCGGUGCCUGCAGCGCAGUACAGCAACCCGUCUUAUGACAUCUGGGAUCCGCUUGUUUCUUCCAAUAGCCAAAAAGGUACUGACAAAGGGAAUGGCAUCCAGUCUUCUACGGCACCUCAAUUCUUUGUGGAGAACAUCAAUGGUGGGGGCGUCAACAAUGGCCACGAACCCAGUAUAUUACAGUCGGACAUUAGUGUUUCUCAAAACUUGCGAAAGCCUCCCUCGAAUCCCAACUCUGCUACUGCCCCAGGUUCUGGACGCAUCGCUAGAUCGGUCUUCUAUGAAAAUAUAUCGACAUCUCCAAGGAUGAUGCCACGUAGCGGAACCACCAGAGCCCGAUUCUUCAAUAAGGGACAACUUGGGCAAGGCGGGCCAAUCCCAAAGUCGGGACAGGCUCUAUUUCAUGAUCAUGAUGUACGAUCAUUCUCGGAGAUGCACGCUGAGUUUGGAAUGCUGAUUGUGCAGAAAAUUAAUGAGCACAGGCAGCGAAGAACAUCAUCAUCAUCAUCAUCAUCUUAGAGAUAAUGAAUUUCUUUUUAAAUAUUCAUAUUUUUUUGAAAUUUCAGGAAUGUUUGCAUACAGAUUGCAUUAAAUGAAUAGAGAAAUUAGCAUUCCUGGACUUUCAUCGUUGAGAGGGCAAGGCCAUUAAUUUUCAUUUUGCAAAGGACAAUUUCAUUACAAAAUCUUAAAUUAUAUGGGAAAGUUUUGAAGAUGUACCGAUGCCAUCCAAAGACCAGGGGCAAUUCAUGGACUAGGUUUACCAAGUGGACCAGGCCUAUGCUCCUCUACUUGUUUUUGCAUUGUAUGGGCCUACAUGUAAUGUACUUUGAUCCUACUGUCUGGGCAAAAGUUCAUAGAGCUGCUUAAAGCACAAAAAGUACCCAGGCACAAUAGUUAUAAUGCUUAACAGAAUAGCGUUACCAGCCUGACUAACAUACAUGUCUCAUGGCACAUUAGAAUUCUUUCGAGCAAAAGCAGGGGCAUUACCGGGCAUUACAUUGUAAAUUUUGUUCUUGGUGGCAAACUUAACACUUGUAGAAAGCUGUCCGAGGUGCAUUUGGGCCCCCGUUUCCCAAAGGGCAAUAUUCCCAGGCUUCUUUAUUGACGCUUGGUUUGUUAAGCGGUGCAACCGUGGUCAUGACACAGCUCUUUUCACAGCGACUGAGCAAUGUGACUCACAGACAACAGAUGUGCUAAGCUGUGAACAUGAAUUGUUAAAGAAGAAGAGUGCCAAUGAAAUUGUAGUUAAACGCUGUUCACAAUAAUGUGUCACUGACGAUGUAGAGUUAGCAAUCCUAUGAAAAACUGGCCCUAUUUAAUAGUUGGAGCUGCUGUACAGGCAGAAAAUAAUUUUGUUGCUGAACAGAAAUGAUCAGGAUACCCGUCACCAUUUGUACAUGUGAUAUGGCAGUUUGGCUGGUAACCUUAUUCUGGUAUUGGUAAGCAUAACUUUGUUGUGCUGAGCAACCCGUUAUGUUUAAAAAGCAGCUCUAUGAAAUUGGGCUUGACACAAUCAACUACAUGUACAUGCACACAUCAGGCACAAACUAAGGCAACCUGACACCUGUCUCUCCCUUUUUGGCAGGUGUUUGGCGCUUUUAUUGGGUGAAAUAGGAUUACUCAUGCUCAUGCUAAAUGGUACAUGUAUGCCCUCUUGCACUUUUCAGAAUUUCACAAUCAGCACUACAUACAUGUAUUGUGCAUGUAUGAUGGCCUAAUCAACACCUUAGUCUCAGACAAUUCUAAAAUUGAUGACAUUUCUUUUAGUUUAUUAAUAAUAAUGAUAGUGAAAUCUUACUAUUUUAACAUGGCGCUUCAACACAGAAAAGCACAAUUCUGUACCCGUUUAUGUAUCUUAUCUUUUUUUUUUGCAAGGUGCAGCAGCGCACUCGGCAGCCACUGCCAGAAACACUGUGGUGAACCCCCCCUCUGUUUAUGAUUAAGUGUAGUGUGCUCUGUUACAUACAUUAUACAACACACAGGUGAUGGGACCUAGGGCUUAGCGUCCCACCCGAAUGACGAAGCAGUUAUGGUUUAAGUGUCUACCCUAGAAAGACACAAGUGCCAUGACCGGUACUCGAACCCACACUCUGCUGAUGAAAAACACCAGAACUUGAGCGCAUUGCACAUGAGUGCUCUGCCGUUACACGUCAUAGGCUUACUGACUUGAUAGUAAAGAUCAUUGAGGUAGAAAUCUUCCUCUAUAGUUAGUAAUUGGGUACCUUUUAGUGAAAAUAGUGACACUGCUUUACUACUACUGCCAUCUUUCUAAAAUGUUCCAAUAACUUUUUUGAUAAUUUGUUAUGUGUGUUAUUAAUUGUUCUUAAAGCCAUUGGACCCUUUCGGUUCAGAAAAAAUAAAAAA